UGUGGAUUAAUUCACGCUUAUUUGUUCGGGAGAAAAAUUACUAUUUUGGUUAAAUCUUAAACGUUAUUAAAUUCAAGCCAAGCAAUAUUAAAGCCUGUGCCACAUUGAAAGGAAUGUAUAUGUAAGAAUGUUAAGACUUUAAAUUCAAACCUUUUUCGUUGAAAAUAAUGCUCUGAUGCCGUUUUCAUGUUAAUAAAAAAAAAUACGUUAAGUUGUUUUCAUACAUUUUAACACUCGCAAGUGAUGAUAAUCGAUACGGGACAAUUAAAAUAGAAUGGCGCAUCACAGCCACGCGCGAUUUUGAUUAUUUUCUCUCAGCAUCCUUAUCUUCGUUUUGUUCUCUGAUUGUUGUUGUUGUCAAUUUCUCUUUUUGUGUCGUCGCAGCAGCAGCAACAGCAGCUUCUUGGAGUCGAGGUGACGUGUUGAGCAAGGCAGCGAAGAUGCAAACCAUGAGCGAGUUCGGAGAGGCGGCUCCCUUCCUCCGCAAGAGCGAGAAGGAGAUGAUGAUGGCCCAGACCAUUCCAUUCGACGGCAAGAAGAGAUGCUGGAUUCCGGACGAGAAGGAGGCCUACGUGGAGGCGGAAAUCAAAGAGACCCAGGGUAACAAAGUUACCGUGGAAACCAAGGCUGGAGAGACCAGGGUGAUCAAGGUCGACGACAUGCAGCUGAUGAACCCUCCCAAGUUCGACAAGAUCGAGGACAUGGCCAUGCUGACGCACCUCAACGAGGCGUCGGUGCUGGACAACCUGCGGAGUCGCUACGCUGCCUGGAUGAUCUACACUUACUCGGGGCUCUUCUGCGUGACGGUGAAUCCCUACAAAAACCUGCCCGUGUACAAGACGGAGGUGGUGGCAGCCUACAAGGGCAAGCGGCGCUCCGAGGCUCCGCCGCACAUCUUCUCCAUCGCGGACAACGCCUACCACGACAUGCUGCGCAACCGUGACAACCAGUCGAUGCUCAUCACCGGAGAAUCCGGUGCGGGUAAAACGGUGAACACCAAGCGAGUGAUCCAGUACUUCGCGACCAUAGCCGCGCUGGGGGAUCACCCGUCCAAGAAGAAUCAACAACCAACAACCAAGACUGGGGGCUCCCUGGAGGAUCAAAUCAUCCAGGCCAACCCCGCCUUGGAGGCCUUCGGCAACGCGAAGACACUACGCAACGACAACUCCUCCCGCUUCGGAAAAUUUAUCCGAAUCCAUUUCGGGAACACGGGAAAGCUGUCGUCUGCCGAUAUCGACAUCUACCUUCUGGAAAAAUCCAGGGUGAUCUUUCAGCAGCCGGGGGAGCGAAGCUACCACAUUUACUACCAGAUCACCUCGGGCAAAAAGCCCGAGCUGCAGGACAUGCUGCUGGUCUCCACCAACCCCUACGACUUCCACUUCUGCUCCCAAGGGGCAGUGACCGUGGAUAACCUGGACGAUGGAGAAGAGCUCAUGGCCACCGACCAAGCCUUCGACAUCCUUGGCUUCAACAGCGAAGAGAAGUACGGAGCCUACAAGCUCACGGGCGCCAUAAUGCACUUCGGCAACAUGAAGUUCAAGCAGAAGGCCCGCGAGGAGCAGGCCGAGACGGACGGCACGGAGAACACUGACAAGGCAGCCUAUCUGAUGGGGAUCAGCUCGGCUGAUCUGGUCAAAGGGCUUCUGCAUCCCCGCGUGAAAGUGGGCAAUGAAUACGUGACCAAGGGCCAGAGCGUGGCACAGGUCACGUACGCAGUCGGCGCCCUUUCCAAAUCGGUGUACGACCGGAUGUUCAGGUGGCUGGUGAGCCGCAUCAACAAGACGCUGGACACCAAGCUGCCGAGGCAGUUCUUCAUCGGCGUCUUGGACAUCGCCGGAUUCGAAAUUUUCGACUUCAACUCCUUCGAGCAGCUGUGCAUCAACUUCACCAACGAGAAGCUGCAGCAGUUCUUCAACCACCACAUGUUCGUGCUAGAGCAGGAGGAGUACAAGAAGGAGGGCAUCGAGUGGACCUUCAUCGACUUCGGCAUGGACCUGCAGGCCUGCAUCGACCUCAUUGAGAAGCCCAUGGGCAUCAUGUCCAUCCUGGAGGAGGAGUGCAUGUUCCCCAAGGCGUCCGACAUGACGUUCAAGGCAAAGCUGUACGACAACCACCUGGGCAAGUCGCCCAACCUGCAGAAGCCCCGGCCGGACAAGAAGCGCAAGUACGAGGCCCACUUCGAGCUCGUCCACUACGCCGGCAUGGUUCCUUACAACAUCAUUGGCUGGCUGGACAAGAACAAAGAUCCGCUGAAUGAGACAGUGGUCGGCAUUUUCCAGAAGGCGUCCAACAAGCUGCUAGGGGCCAUCUUCGAAAACUACGUGAGCUGUGACGCAGCGGCAGAGCAGGCGAAGAGUGCAGGGGACAAGAAGAGGAAGAAGGGAGCCUCAUUCCAAACGGUGUCGUCCCUUCACAGGGAGAACUUGAACAAGCUGAUGACCAACCUGCGUUCGACGUCUCCCCACUUCGUUCGCUGCAUCAUCCCCAACGAGUCCAAGACUCCAGGCAUCAUGGACCCGUUCCUGGUGCUGCACCAGCUGCGUUGCAACGGCGUGCUGGAGGGGAUCCGCAUCUGCAGGAAGGGAUUCCCCAACAGGGUCCUCUAUGCCGAGUUCAAGCAGCGGUAUCGCAUUCUCAACCCAAACGCCAUCCCGGAAGAUAAGUUUGUGGACAGCCGCAAGGCCUCCGAGAGGCUUCUGGGCACGCUGGACAUUGACACCAGCCAGUACAAGUUUGGGCACACCAAGGUGUUUUUCAAGGCUGGGUUGCUCGGGCAACUGGAGGAGAUGAGGGACGAACGACUGGCGAAAAUAUUAACCAUGAUCCAAGCGAGGGUGCGUGGAAUGCUCAUGCGGUUGGAGUACAAGAAGAUCAUCGACCGAAGGGACGCGCUGCUCAUCAUCCAGGCGAACAUCAGGGCCUUCAUGGCCGUCAAAAACUGGGCCUGGAUGAAGCUCUUCUUCAAGAUCAAGCCGCUGCUGAAGAGCGCCGAGACCGAGAAGGAGAUGCAGAACAUCAAGGAGGAGUUCCAGAAGCUCAAGGAGCUCUACGCCAAAUCGGAGGCGCGGAGGAAGGAGCUGGAGGAGAAGCAAGUCGGCCUCAUCCAGGAGAAGAACGACCUCAGCCUCCAACUGCAGGCCGAGCAAGAGGUGAUCGCGGACGCCGAGGAGCGCUGUGACAUGCUGAUCAAGGCCAAGCUGCAGCUGGAGACGAAGGUGAAGGAGCUGACGGAGCGGCUGGAGGAGGAGGAGGAGAUGAACUCGGAGGUGACCUCCAAGAAGCGCAAGCUGGAGGACGAGUGCGCCGAGCUCAAGAAGGACAUCGACGACCUGGAGCUCACGCUGGCCAAGGUGGAGAAGGAGAAGCACGCCACGGAGAACAAGGUUAAAAACCUCAUGGAGAAGAUGACAAACCUGGACGAGGUCAUUGCCAAGUUGACCAAGGAGAAGAAGGCCCUGCAAGAGGCCCACCAGCAGACUCUGGAUGACCUUCAGGUGGAGGAGGACAAGGUCAACUCCCUGACCAAGGCCAAGGCUAAGCUGGACCAGCAGGUGGAUGAUCUUGAAGGGUCGCUGGAGCAAGAGAAGAAGGUCCGCAUGGAGCUGGAGAGAGCCAAACGGAAGCUCGAGGGAGACCUCAAGUUGACGCAGGAAUCCGUCGUGGAUCUGGAAAACGACAAACAACAAAAGGAUGAGAAGCUUAAAAAGAAGGACUUUGAAAUUUCGCAGCUCAACUCAAAAAUUGAAGACGAGCAGGCCUUGGCUGGGCAGCUCCAGAAGAAGAUCAAGGAACUCCAGGCUCGCAUCGAGGAGCUGGAGGAAGAGCUGGAGGCGGAGCGGGCGGGGCGCGCCAAGGUGGAGAAGCAGCGCUCCGAGGUGGCGCGCGAGCUCGAGGAGCUGAGCGAGCGUCUGGAGGAGGCGGGCGGCGCCAGCGCCCUGCAGCUCGAGGUGACCAGGAGGCGCGAGGCCGACUUCCUGAAGCUGCGGCGUGACCUGGAGGAGGCGGCGCUGUGCCACGAGGCGACGGCGGCGGCACUGCGCAAGAAGCACGCGGACGGUGCCGCCGAGCUGGGCGAGCAGCUGGACAACCUCCAGCGGGUCAGGCAGAAGCUGGAGAAGGAGAGGAGCGAGCUCAAGAUGGAGGUGGACGACCUGGCCUCCAACAUCGAGCAGGUCACCAAGGGCAAGGCAAACGCGGAGAAACUUGCCCGCAUGUUCGAGGACCAGCUGAACGAGACCAAAACGAAGGUGGACGAGCUGCAGCGUCAGGUCACGGAGCUCUCCUCGCAGAAAGCCAAGCUCGAGACCGAAAACGGCGAGAUGGGCAGACAGCUGGAGGAGAGAGACGCGAUGGUGAGCCACCUGUCCAGGGGAAAUUGUUCCUUCACUCAGCAAAUCGAGGAACUCCGGAGGCACCUCGAGGAGGAAACCAAGGCCAAGACGGCGCUGGCGCACGCGGUGCAGUCGGCGCGCCACGACUGCGACCUGCUGCGCGAGCAGUACGAGGAGGAGCAGGAGGCCCGGGCCGAGCUCCAGCGGGCGCUGUCCAAGGCCAACGCCGAGGUGGCGCAGUGGAGGACCAAGUACGAGACGGACGCCAUCCAGCGCACCGAGGAGCUGGAGGAGGCCAAGAAGAAGCUCGCCGCCCGACUCCAGGAGGCGGAGGAGGCGGUGGAGGCCGCCAACGCCAAGUGCGCGUCGCUCGAGAAGACCAAGCACCGUCUGCAGAACGAGCUGGAGGACGUCAUGGUGGACGUGGAACGCUCCAACGCGGUGGCGGCCGCCCUCGACAAGAAGCAGCGUAGCUUCGACAAGGUGCUAGCCGAGUGGAAGCAGAAGCACGAGGAGCAGCGGUCCGAGCUGGAGGGGUCGCAGAAGGAGGCUCGUAGCCUCGGCAUGGAGCUCUUCAAGCUGAAGAACGCGUACGAGGAGGCCCUGGACAACCUGGAGACGGUCAAGCGUGAGAACAAAAACUUGCAAGAGGAGAUUGGAGACCUCACGGAGCAGCUUGGGGAACUCGGAAAGAACAUUCACGAAUUGGAGAAGAUGAAAAAACAAACAGAGCAAGAAAAGCUGGAGAUUCAAGCAGCAUUGGAAGAGGCAGAGGGCGCUCUCGAGCACGAAGAGGGCAAGAGCCUGCGCCUGCAGCUGGAGCUGAAUCAGGUGAAGGGCGACGUCGACCGGAAGAUCGCCGAGAAGGAGGAGGAGAUCGACAACCUGAGACGCAACCACCAGAACGCGGUGGAGGCCAUGCAGGCGGCAAUGGAUGCGGAGGCGAAGGUCAAGAACGAGGCGGUGCGCCUCAAGAAGAAGAUGGAGGGGGACCUGAACGAGAUGGAGAUCCACCUCAACCACGCCAACCGUCAGGCCGUCGAGUUCCAGAAGCUCACGCGUACCCUGCAGGGCCAGCUGAAGGACCUGCAAGCGCAGCUGGACGGCGCGCUGCGGGAGGGCGAGGGCUACAAGGAGCAGGUGGCGGCCGUGGAGCGGCGCAGCACCCUGCUGGCGGCCGAGCUGGAGGAGCUGCGCUCGGCGCUCGACCAGACGGAGCGAGGGCGCCGCCUCGCCGAGCAGGAGCUCCUGGAGGCCACCGAGCGCGUCAACCUCCUCCACUCGCAGAACAUGUCCCUGAUAGGCCAGAAGAAGAAGCUGGAGACGGACGCCUCUCAGCUGCAGGGAGAGCUGGAGGAGGCCAUCCAGGAGUGCCGCAACGCCGAGGAUAAGGCCCACAAGGCCAUCACGGACGCGUCGAUGAUGGCCGAGGAGCUGAAGAAGGAGCAGGACACGAGCGCUCACCUGGAGCGCAUGAAGAAGAACGCAGAGCAGACGCUGAAGGACCUGCAGCACCGGCUGGACGAGGCCGAGCAAGUCGCGCUCAAGGGCGGCAAGAAGCAGAUCCAGAAGCUGGAGGGCAGGGUGCGGGAGCUGGACAAUGAGCUGGAGAUGGAGCAGAGGAAAGGGGCCGAAGCCCUGAAGGGCUUCCGGAAGUACGAGCGCCGGAUGAAGGAGCUCACCUACCAGGCUGAAGAGGACCGGAAAAAUUUGGCACGAAUGCAAGACCUCAUCGAAAAACUGCAGCUGAAAGUGAAAAGCUACAAGCGGCAGUACGAAGAAGCUGAGGAGAUCGCCAACAGCAACUUGUCCAAGUAUCGGAAGCUGCAGCACGAGCUGGACGACGCGACGGAGCGAGCCGACAUGGCAGAGUCGCAGGUCAACAAGAUUCGCAGCAAAUCGCGAGACGUGGUCACGAAGAAACACGACGAGUAAAGAGUGACCAGCGGCCGCAGAGAGAAGAUUCAGCGGACAUCUGCAAGCAAGCGGGGGUUUGGGGGGGGGAGCUACAUUCACUUGUUGACAAACAAAGCCUCCCGUCCGUCCAAUUCUUGACAAUGACGUCCCCACGUCUCCAUUACCACCGAGGCAGUUCCAUAAAAAAUAUAUAUUAUCGGUGAACGACCUCAGUCAAUAACAACAAUAUUUAAAGACGACCUAAAAUAAAUAAAAAUAUUCCAAAAAGUAAUUUCGUCUAAGUACGUCCACCGCCCAUUUUUCAAACAUUUCUCCCGAAUCAAAAAAGGCGGACACAUUUUAUCUCCGAGUCCGUUGUUCGACACACCUCGGCCAAAGUGAAAGAAGCCACUUAAUGAUUAUACUAACAGUUACUCGAUUUUUAUACACGUUUAAAACGUACGUCCGAGACCACGUAAACUGCCAAGUGACAACAGGGUCAAAUCGGUAACGGUGAAGCGAUUUUACCUUUUCGGCAAAAUAUGAAUCUGGCCCUGGUGUGUGUGUGUGUGUUUGUCUCUGAUUGCUACAAUAUUGUAGUUAAAUGACCCGCUAUUAUGCACGGUUUCACAAACAUAACGCUCAAGAGUAGUCAAGCAGGCGACAUGCCCAGUGACCUAAACCACGGGGCAGUUCCAGCAAUGACCGGCUUUCAUGGCAACCAGCAACAGAUGCAUUUUUGCCUUGGGGAAGCAGUCCCUAGGUGGUGCAUAGACACGGAGAAAAGAAAGAGAGAGGACUGGCAGUAUCUUGAGAUGCGAGUUGAGUGUCGCAUGGAGCAACAAGUGGAAUGGAGAGACAAAAGAAUGAACUUUUUAGAGCAGCUUCAGAGAGGGGAGGAGGGAAGCUGAAUGAGAAUUUAAAUAAACAUGGCAACAUGUGGAUUGGGCACUCUAGGGGGUGAACGUUUGACGAAUGAAGUUCUGGAAUGAAGGAUGUUGGGAAAGAGGCCAAGAGACGGGAAAGGAAAAGUUUCCGUGGAAAAGAGCUUCACAGCUCAUCGGAUUCCUCCAGUGGCAAUAAAUCUUCGGAUCGAUGCUGCUUGACAACUUGGGAGGAAGGUUUGGAGAGAGCCGCCCGCCGUGCGGCAAAGCGAAGAAAGCUCGCGAUGAGGCAGGAUGGGUGGCGAUUGAGCCAUGGACCUGCAAAUGGCCAAAUGACCAGGGACAGAGAGGAAGGAUUUGCCAUUCCAUCUUCGUAGAAUAAGCAACGAUUAUUAAUAUUCCUGCUAAGAUGCUCAUCCAUUACGCGCGCCUACAGUCGGUAUAUUAUUCACGGUGCAAGCCGGCAAGCGAACAGCACGUGCCGCACGCGACACAACUUUUGCUACGCGUGACACACCGCCGUGCUAGAGCGAGCGCUCUGCGGUAAUCAUCGCUUCAAGCUUACGAAUCCCAGAUGUUGAAACGACGGCAAGGAAUGGUUAAACAUGCUAAACUAAUCUCUUCGUUUGGUUGGAGGUGAACAAUAAUACCACUCGGGGAGAGUUUUUGUUCUGCAUGCGGUUAUCCUCAUUGUGUGGUUGCAAAUAAACGUCUGGACACAAAAAAA